AUGGAGGUGCUGAGGUCCCUGUGUGGACGGGGCCUCCUGGACUACAAAACGGAGAAAUAUGUGCUCAUCAAGAACCGGAGGGUGGGGGCCCUCCAGAGGGUCCUCCAGCUCGGCAUCCUGGGAUAUGUAGUAGGGUGGUCGCUCGUCUUCAAGAGGGGCUACCAGGAGACGGCGUCCGAUCCCCGGGUCUCGGUCAUCACCAAGCUCAAAGGGGUCUCGGUGGCCCAGGCCGGGGUGCUGGAAGGCAGGGUGUGGGAUGAGGCCGAUUACACGCAGCCCCCGCAGGGAGAAGCUGCUUUUUUCCUGGUGACUAAUUUCCUGGCCACCCCCGAGCAGGUGCAGGGCGCGUGCCCAGAGCACCCUUCGGUGCCCCUGGCGCCCUGCAUCAGCGAUGAGGACUGUCCUGCCGGAGAGAUCCUGACCCGCAGCCACGGAGCGAAAACGGGCAAGUGCGUGCGCUUCAACGCCACCUACGACACCUGCGAGAUCCGGGGCUGGUGCCCCGUGGAGAGUGGCGACGGCGUGCCCAGGAAGCCGCGGCUGCAGGAAUCCGAGAACGUCACUCUCUUCAUCAAGAACUCCAUCGCUUUCCCCGAGUUCCGCUUCUUCAAGACCAAUACUCUGGAGACGCAGGACGGGGCCUACUUCAAGGGCUGCAGGUACGACGCCGCGUCCAGCCCGCUGUGCCCUGUGUUCCGGGUGCGGGACGUGGUGGAGGCGGCCGGAGCAGACUUCGAAGUCUUGGCCCGCUUGGUAAGCAGCUCUGGGCCAGCCCACCUGCCCUGCUUUGGCAGUAAAGGAGAGUACCGUGUGGACUUGGGCCGCGGGUUCAAAUCCUCCCACUGCCCGUCGGGCCGUCGGGCCUCCCCGCCCUCGACUGGGGGAGUCGUGAGGAUCGAGAUCAGCUGGGACUGCGACCUGGAUCGGCCUGGCAGCGAGUGCGAACCCCGCUACGCCUUCUGGCUGCAGGAGAUGGGCUACAACUUCAGGACAGCCACGCGCCGGUGGAGGCCCCCCGGGGUGGAGGCCCGGACGCUGCUCAAACUCUUCGGGAUCCGAUUUGAAGUCUCCGUGGCUGGUCAGGCCGGGAAGUUCAGCGUCGUGUCUGCGGGGAUCACCCUGGGCUCCGGCAUGGCCCUGCUGGGGCUGGCCACCUUCCUUUGCGACCUCCUCUUGCUCUACGUGGAUGGAGAAGCCCCUUUGUACCGGGGGACGAAGUUCGAGGAGGCCAAGGCCCCCAAGGCCCGAGUGGAGCCUCCUCCCCCGGAGCUCGCCUCUGCGCCCCUGCCAGGCCCUGCCCCAGCCCCGGAGGACCAGCAGGCCGCCUGAAGGCCUCUGGGGGCCCCCGAGGCUGGGACCCGUCAUCGUCCUCUUUCUCGGGCUCCCCUCUGCGAUGGGUCACAGGGCUUGGGUUCGAGUCCCAGCCUGUUAGACGAGGCCUCCAUCCUUCACCCUGGAGCCUCCUGGGCCUCGGCUGGGCUUCUUGGACCUCGUCCAGGGCCUGCCAAACCCCUUCCUCUGCCUUUGGGGCUUGAAACCCGCCACCCGGCUUCUCGGGACCCAGCGCCCCGCAGGGAGCCCCAUUCCUAGAUCCAGCCCGAGACCCCAGACUUAGGGCUGGGGGUGCCUCAGAGACCGCCCGGCCACCCCCAACGAGGGCACAGAUGGCGAGCUGAGCGCCUCCUGGGGCAGCAGGCCCGGCCAGGCCUUUCCCGACAAGACUCGUCGGGGCAGUCUGGGAAACCCGAGUGCUGAGGCUCCUCCCAGCCCAGACACCCCCGUUCUGGGUCUCCCCCAGC